AGUAGCCUGGGAAUAUGACGUUAGUGUUAGAUCUAAGCUUGACCCCCUACUCAAGAUAAGAAUAUAGAUAAACCGCGCAAUUAACAAAAUCAUGACCAAAUUACUAAUUUUCAAAUUCCUCAAAUAUUUCGAGGAUUUGCAGGUUCAUUUAAACACGUACGUAUUUCUCUAUACACAACAUUUACAGAAAUGCACGAAACAACGAAGUAAAAAUCCACGAAAAUUUCGACUUAAAAGACUGACAUCGCGAUGUCUGAAAAGCCUGAUGCAGGAUGUUCUACCCCUAAUAGAAGGGAUUCUAGUUGCACCACAACAAGUAUAGAAUCAGGGGGAUCAAGAAUAUUAAAACGUGAACUACUCAUGGGGGUCGCAGAACAUUGUGUCGCGGAUUUUAUCUCCACUCAGACAGAUGCAAGGAAAAAGCUUGUGAAUUCUAUUGCUACGAAUAUAUAUGAAAACUUGAAGAAUAACACAAAUAUUAGUGCUCUUCUGACUGAAGCAUUAAGUCCAGCUACGCUUGAUAAGGAAUCUGUUUUAAAGAGUUUAAUGGUGAGCGUAAGCGGAACCUUACGAGACUCUUUAAACAAACCUAAAGAUAUAAAUCCAAACCGUCCUGAUUCUCUAGACAGCCUUCAAACCAGUAGCUCGGAAUCACCUAAUUCAAGUUUCGACAAACCUCUUGAAGUACUUGACUCCGAAACCUCGUCCGAAUUUGUUUAUGAAAGUUGCUGCAAAACAGAGAGUAAGCAGUACGUAAUGAGCCGAGAAGUGGAUCGACACCAGCUACCUGUAACAGUAGCUGAGCUAGAGGGUAUUCCACUUCCGGUUCAAGAACUAUCAACACCGGUUUUAUCAUCCACCAAUAGUACUAAAGAUUCGGUUUUAUCAUCCACCAGUAGUACCAAAGAUUCAUCUGUUCAAGAUCAUAAUUCAAGAAUUGAGAAUAUUCGUGACAGAGGUUCGUCAGGGAAACCGCGAAGCUCGAAGAGUGAAUCUACGAACGAAAAUGAGAAUUUUAACACUGCGUCGAUACAACGAACUUUUUCCUUUUCCGACAAGGAUAGAAAAGUGUUCAGUCUUCCGCCUCGACCUUCGUCUUCAUCUAGUUCGUUAAACACCAGACUAAAAGGAAAUCAAGCUUCUGGUCAGGCCAAUAUUCAAGCAUCAAAAGGUCAACAGGGCAGUCCUCAACCGACAAAUAAAGCUAAUCAAGGACAAUUAGGCAACAGGCAACCAACGAAUAAGGAUAGUCAAGCAACCAGUCAAACUGGUAUAGAACAACAAGUCAAAGGGCAACCUAUUUUAAUAGCUAAUCAAGCAAACGAUAAAACUAGUCAAGGGUUGAAUCAAGCAACCAAUAACACUAGUCAAGGGUUUAAUCAAGCAACCAAUAACACUAGUCAAGGGUUUAAUCAAGCAACCAAUAACACUAGUCAAGGGUUGAAUCAAGCAACCAAUGAAACUAGUCAAAGGUUGAAUCAAGCAACCCAUAACACUAGUCAAGGGUUAAAUCAAGCAACCUAUGACACCAGUCAAGGGUUGAAUGAAGCAAGCAAUGAAACUAGUCAAGGGUCUAAUGAAGCCACCAAUAAAACUAAUCAGAAGGUUGUAAGUCCUAACGUUCAACAAGAAAAAAACAAAGAAUACAAACAUGAGCACAACAACAUCUUACAAAAUUUCCAGAGUUCACAAGAGAACCUGGAUAAAUCCAGCAGGAGAAAAUUUAAGGAAGUACCUAAAGAGCUUGUAACUCUUGUUGACAGUGUUGACAGGUGUGCUGAAUACUCGGACAGUAUUGUGCAUUCACCAGCUCAUGUAUCCUCUAGUCAAGGGAACAUUUCACUAACUUUAAAUCAAACAGAAGAAAAUAAAGUUGGAAGCUGGGGAUCAAAUAAAUUAUUCUCUCGUUCAACCGGUGCUAAUCCUCUAAUCAAAAAUUCUUUUCAUUCAUCAAUCAACAACCAGAAUUCUGUCAAAACAGAAUUUAAUUUAUUAGAAACCUUUGGUUCUGAACUUGAACCACAACCACGGAGUGAGAGCCAACUGAGUAUUCGUUCUUUGAGUCCUUUGUCUGUAGGACCAGUUCCAAGUCCUACUCUUGUAGAACCAGGUUCUUAUCGUCAAUCCCAGGAACCAUUUAUUCGUCCUCAGUCUACUGAACCAGUUUCUUUCCCACAAUUCAAAGAGCCAGUUAUCCGUCCUCAUUCUAAGGAACCAGUUUUUAGUCCUCAACCCAAGGAACCAGAUACUAGUCCUACAUCCAAGGAACCAGUUACUGGUCCCCAAUCCAAGGAACCAGUUACUGGUCCCCAACCCAAGGAACCAGUUACUUAUCCUACAUCUAAGGAACCAGUUUUUAGUCCUCAAUCUACGGAACCUGGUUCUAUUCCUAAAUUUAAGGAACCAGCUACUAGUCCUCAAUUGAAGGAAUCAGUUACUCAUCCUAAAUCCAAGGUACCAGAUUUAACUCCUCAAUUUAAGGAACCAGUUACUAGUCCUCAAUCCAAGGAACCAGUUAUUAUUUCUAAGUUCAAGGAACCAGUUUAUUGUCCUAAGUUUAAGGAACCAGUUUCUAGUCCAAUUUUUAGACGCCAAAUUGCAAAACUUUCUUCUGAAUCUGGACAAACAGAGUUUAAAGAAGUAGUAUGCAAUCUUCAACUUGUAGAACCUGUUACUAUUCCCCCAGCUGCUGAACUCAUUGAUAAAUCAGAAGCCAUUAAACCAGUUCCCAGUUUAACUCAUGGAUUCAGAAAUACAGAGGAAACAUUCAACCAAUCUAAUCAAACCAUUAAUACAGGCAUUAGAACAGACAAAGCAAAUUUCCUGAAAAAAAGCUCUCUUUCCUUUAGCGAGUUCUCUGAGUCCCUCUCAACCUCUAUUCUGGAAAGAACAUCAACAAUGUCCAAUGAAGAGAAUAUUUCAGCUGUUCAUAUUCAAAAUAUAGAUGUACCAAGAAUGAAUGAAUCUGAGAGUGUGACUGUCCCAUCUGAAUAUAUGGAAAAAGUUGAGAAUUUUGGGCUAAGUUGUCCUGAGGAAAAAGCUGCCCUAGGUCAGAUAAGACACGAACAUAUUCAAAGAACUGAUCCGUUUGAUAGGCUUACUCAGGCUCAAAGUACAGAACACAAAGAAACAGGCAAAAACUGUUUUGACAAAAAUAAAGAUUUCUGUCAGCCUGAAAGUCAACUGCCUGAAAGUCAACUGCCCCCAUUAGAAGAUCCAAGUGUAAUAUUACUGAGUCCGACUCCUAUUCGUAGAUCAAUGUCUGCUAAACUUCUUGCAUCACCUAACCCAGAUAAAUCUUAUGAGGAUGAUUAUACUGACCUUGAGUCUUUGGCAGAAGAAGUUCAUCAUGUAAAAGAAGAUAAAGCCAGAGUAUUUAUUAAUUCUAAACUCAAGGAUUCAAUUUCUGAUAUGGUAGCCUACCAAAAGCAUAUAAAUGAGGAACAGAAACCGAAAACCCACUUUGAACUACUAAAAGAAAGUCAAAUGAAGGCACAAAAAGAAUUUCAUGCAAGGCUAUUUAAAGAACUGGCAGCAGAAAAUCAGCGAGGUAAAAAAUCUAGUAAAGGUGCUGAGGUCUUGGGAACUAAAUUCUCAUCAAAAACUCAGGAAAAUGUAUCCAUUUAUGAUCAAGAACAUUCUGGCUUCAAAUCAGCACCAUCAAAAAGUCCGAACAUGAGCCGUAGAGGUAGCAAUUCAAUGGACACCUGGAUGAGUAAAAGUCCAUUUUGGUCCCAGUCCCUUCCUCGUCCAAGGAGGAAAGUAACAUUUGUCGAUGAUUCCCCUCAACGACCUCCUCCACCACCUCCAGAAAGACAGCAAUCAAUCAAUACAAUGAGGAGUAUGUCUGGUAUCUCAACUGUAUAUAACCAGACAUUAAUAGAAGAAUCUCAUUCUCAAGCACACUAUUAUCAGACUGGAUCAGAUUCAGGACACCAGAAGAUAAGUUCCAGACACCAGCAAACAGGUUCAGAACAUCAACAAACAGGUUCAGGACACCAGCCAACAGGUUCAGGAAACCAGCAAACAGGAUCAGAAAAUCAUCAAAAUAAGUCAUGGAAUCAGCAAACAAGUUCUAGAACCCAGGAGACAAGUUCAGGAAGUGUUCAAUUUGAAAAUACAAACCCAUCUAAAGGAAAUCAAAAUUUGGAACAAGAAAUACACAGACAAGAGUUGGAGAGAGAGGAACUUAAAUUGAAAGAAUUCCAGAGACAAGAGUCGGAGAGACAAGAACUAGAAAGGAAAGCUUUAGAAAGGAAAGAAUUAGAAAGACAAGAAAUGGAGAGAAAAGAAUUUGAAAGACAAGAACUUGAAAAACAAGAGAUAAAUAGACAAGAGUUACAGAAGCAGGAAAUUCAGAAGCAAGAAAUGCAGAAACAAGAAUUAAAUAAGAAAGAGUUUCAAAAACUGGAGUUAAUUAAACAAGAACAGGAAUUCAAGAAACAGGAACUUCAGACACAAGAUUUUCAAAAGGGUCAUUAUUCAUCGAGUCAAAAACAGCAACAGUUUAGUCAUUUUGAUCAAACACAAUCACAACAGAAGCAUCAGUAUCAGAUUCAAUCACAGAAGGAGCAUCAGUAUCAGAAGCAAUCACAGCAGGAGUAUCAGUACCAGAAUCAAUCACAUCAACAGCAUCAGCAUCAGUAUCAUUCACAGCAAGAGCAUCCGUAUCAGAAUCAGUCACAGCAUCAGCAUCAGUAUCAGAAUCAAUCACAACAGGAGCAUCAGCAUCAGUAUCAGACUCUACAAUAUAAUCAACAUAAGUCUCAUUCCCCACGUCAAAGUCACCAAUAUGUAGAGAAAAAUGAUGGAAAUGCAUUAAAGAGUGUAGAGUAUAGAGAGUUCUACAAGGGAAGGAUAGAGAGAAGAACUCCGGAGCAAGAAUACAAAUUAGAUUUAGGAGACAAGAAGGAUAGAUGGAUGGAACUGUACGGUAACUCCGUACUCAACAAUACUAUACAGGAUAGAUCAGGAUCAAGGCUUCAUAGAUCACAGUCAGCAGUCUGGAACUCAAAUCAAGAAAUAGUUGAGCAUAGUCCUGUAAUGUCAACAGAUAAACUUGAAAAACCGAAACAUCCUCCCCAACCCACACAACAACAGCAGGGCAACAACAAUAAUCUAACAACUUCAUUUUCACAACACUUUACCAACAGUACUCUACCAAGAAAGUUUUCAAGAAUAAAAGUUUAUGAUAAAGGAGGAGAGGGUCUUAAACGAAACGCUUCGAUGUCGGAUGUUUCUCGUUUUAACUACGAAGUUGGGUUUAAUGGCGGACCAUUACACAACAGCAGCAGUAGCAAUGAUUUAAAGUCCGUCCCAACUAAGCUGGAUCCUGUAUCUCGUAACCAGCUCCAGGUCCCACCUUAUAUAGUCAAGAGUAUUGUAAUCUCAGUACUGGAGAAGCAAGGAGUUCCUAAUCCUUCCGAUGAUAUUAUCAACCGAGCAAUUCAGGAGUACUACAAUAAAAAUCCUGAAGGAGUAUUUGUUGGAUCAGCUAGUGAUGGUGUUCUCAAACCUGGAGAUAGGAUUCUAGCAAUAAACAACAAUAACACAUCAAACCUAUCACAUGUUGAAGCAAACAACCUUUUUAAACGUUCUGGUACAAGUGCUAGACUAGAGAUAGGAAGAUCUGAUCCAAACAUCAUAAAUACACAUCAAACAGAUAUGUCUUUUCAAAAUCAUCCAGACCUUCAAAAAGUUCAUUCUCAGGCUAAGAAUGUUCUAUCCUCCCAUCUGAAAACACUGAUCCACAGCUCUGAGGAAACUAGUGGUAGAGACUCUAAUCACGAUGUGGCACUACAGAACCAGCCCUAUCGAACCCUACCACUGGUUCUCCCGAACCCUAAAACCAUCCAUGACUGUGUGGGUUCGGAGAAGAACUAUUGUACAUCUAGCCUGGAGAGAAACCCGGAGAACCAGCCGUACAGAACAGCUUCUCUGGUGAUGCCUGGACCUAAAACUAUAAAUGAAAUUGGAGCAGGGGCUCCAACAUACAAACCAUACAGGGGGCCCCAGUACACCGUUAAUAAUCAGCAUAAGAUAAAAGAAUAUGAAGGUAAAGACUACACCCAGUCCAUUCCCCCAGAUUCUCCAGACCAGUGUCCUAAUCAUCUUUAUCAAGCAGACACUCAUUUCAAUACUGAGUUUGGUGCAACACAGUCAGGACAAUACAAUUCUCCUGAACAUCUUUAUAAUGAAGAAUCUCUAGCUAAGACACCCAGGAUUAAUCAGGGUGUACUGCAUCUUCCUACUCCUGGUAAUGCAACCAACUCUAAACAACAUGAAUCAGAAACGUUUAAGAUUGUUCUGGAAUCUGAGAUGGAUGGAACCAAAACACAACAUGGAAUAGUUGGAAGAAACUUUGAAAAGUUGAAUCAUGGCGGAGAGAGACCUACAUCUCAGCUCUCUGAUAGAUCCUAUAGAACGGAUCCUGUUCUAAACAAUACUUCCAUCAAUCAAAGUGCUUCUUUCAAGAAGUUGAUGCAUUCUGUGCUGGGAGAAUCUGAAUUCUAAGGAUUUCUGGAAAAUUCCUCAAAAAUUUUAAUUUCCAUAAUAAAAUGGUACUCUACUGAUACAUGCCUUUGAACCAUGUUUUAACUAUGGUUAAAACAUAAUAUAUAUAUAUAUAAUAUAUUUAAUAUAUA